CCUCAUCCGCACACUUCACUCACUAAAUCCCUCUCUUCUCUCGUCUCUCUCUGAGAAGGUGGAUCAUUUUUCUAGGGUUUGUGAGCUGAAACUUCAGUUACCGAACAGUGAGAGUGGCCUUUGAUUGAUUAGGGAACAUGUCUUCUCUGGGAACUUCAAAGGGAAUUCUAGAGAUCGCAAAGUUUGGGCUCUACGUCUCCGUCCCCAUCGUUCUUAUGUACACCUUCGCCAACAACACUACGAAUCUCCAGAGAUUCAUGGGAAACCAUUCUUAUGUUGUGUAUCCACCUGAAGCGCCGAGACCUCCAUCACCAGAGGAAAUGAGAGAGAUGGCGCGAGAACUAGCUAGGAAGAACAAUGCCCGUUGAUGCUUUGUUUGGGGUUCUUUUCUUUUGUAACUUGUAAGUGACUGCUAUAGAGAAAACAAAAAAAUGUUGGAUUUUGCACUUAGAUUUCAGUCGAAAUAAUGGUGAGGCCAAGUGGGUUUUAUUUCAAGUUCAAGUGUGGCCUUGUAAUGUUCCACAAUCCUACUUAAAAUUUCAAAUCCACUUUGCCCAUUUCAUGCUGUGUGUGGAGGACGAAGGAGCUUUUGUGACUCAGGAUGUAAAUUAUAUGUUGUGAUAAACCAUGGAUGGAUUUGAAAGUGACCAAACAUCUACAAUAUUCCUCAUGUACUUUUGAACUUUCAUUUUCGUGUUCUUUGUGGAGCUGGAAUCUACUUGUAAGUGAGUUCUUUUGGUUUGCU